CUAACUGACGUUGGAACAAAAAAAAAAUUAGUAUAAACUAAACUUAGUGUUUCUCGUCGAACCGUAAUUAAUGAGGAUAUUCGAGGCGAUUUGAUGUCUGCGCUAGCGCCGCCUAUUGCUUCAAUGAAAAACGCGCUCCAGCCGGACAAUUUCAAUGGGACUGGGACCGAAGAGGAGGCGUCCUCUGCGUUCCACGCGGAGAUCGACCGCGUUCUGCGGAACAACAAUGGAAAUCACGGUGGCAGCGGUAACGAGGGCAGCAGCGGGAGUGGAAGUGCAAGUGGCAGUGCCUCCGGAUCCGGAGGCAGUGAGUCCAUGUGGUCACCGGGCGGGAAAAAGUCGCACGAGGCUGCGCAGGCGUUCGCCAACACACUGCUGCUGCGCAACAUGAACCAUGAACUGGGCAAGGCAGUCCAGAAUCACCGAAAGUCCUACCAGUGCAAAGCAGGCGAUCCGGUCAACCUCUCGGCUAAUGGCGAGGAUCUGCGCUUGUCUAAAAUCAUUCGAAGGCUUAUCAACGAGACCAAUCCCGCUGUGGCUUUGGAAUUGUGCGGCAAACUUGAUCAGGCUGUGCGCACACCCAUCAACAUGGGCUAUAUGUCCUGUUCCUUCGUGUGGAUCCUGGAAAACAUUCUAACCCUCUACAAACAAUGCUCGCCUCCAGUUCUAGAGGAGUGCAGCAAGACUCUGGGAUUGAUUGGGUACAUCAACCGCAAGUCGUAUCCCAUAUAUGAGGAGUUUAUCGUGAAGAACUACAGGAGCACCAAGCGGAUGCAGAAGUAUCUAAUUGUGGCUCUGCGCACCACUUUGAGCUGCGACACCAAAUGCGAGCUGCAUCUGUACGCCGAAAAGAUCAUGCUGAUGUUAAAGGACUUUCUGGAAAAUGCCGAAAACGCCGAGAGCUUCGCCGGCGUCAGCAACACGCUUGUGCAGUUCUCAGCCAUUUAUGGGGACGUCUUCGAGUGUCAUUUUACCGACGUGGUCGACAUUGUCAUCGGCUGGCAGCUGGAGUCGGGGCAGCCCAGGCAGCUAAAGGCCCACUGUGCCCAAGUGCUGGAACAGUUGACGCCAUUUUUCAGCAAACAAAUUGAUUUUAGCUAUGGCCUGUUGGCCCAGUUCGUGGAGGACAUCACCACGCUUGAGGAGGAGGAUCCGGCGGCAACGGCAGAACGUGUAGGCGCUUUCGUUGGCGCCUUCAACACGCUGCUGAAAUGCCUGGCCCGAAUGCACAUAUUCGUAGGCAUGCCCACCUGUGAGUGCAUUGUCCAGAUGGCAGUGGAUCAUCUAACUAAAAUAAUGCCCCAUCUAAAGUUGCAUUUGGAUACGGAUGCUUUGGUCCACAUUAACGAGCUGCUCUGCAUCUGCCUGCUGAACAACUUCAGCGGCCUGGAACCGAAUACUUUGGAGCAGCUAUUGCUUAUACAGAUAGAGCAGAUACUUUGUCUUAGGGAGGUCCAGAGGCAGAGUGUCUUAUAUUUGCUGCUCUGUACAGUGAGGAGGUUGCGGGCUCGUCUGCCACCCAGCCUGGUACACUUGAUCUUCCAGUUUAGUCCUUACCUAGCAGAGCUAAGGCGCCAGACACCGGGAGGUAUUGCUUACAAGCUUCUACUUCGCACCUGUCAGGAGACACUGCUCAUCCGUAAUGUACCCCUCCUGCAGCAAGCGUACAAAUAUCUUGUGGACGAUAUCGACGCUUGCUUGCAACAACUGCUGUCCACUUUACCUGCAACGGAAGAGUCUGAAAGAAGAGGCAGAGAGGCGGGCGUGCUUCUCGUUUUCCAUUUGUCGGCCCUAGCUGCUUUGGCCAAACAGACAUCAUCAAUUAUUGGCAUGUACGCAUGUAAACCCUCGAUUCUCGAGUUGCUCCUCACAAACUGCAAAGCCCACGAAUUGACGCUCUGGAGUCGAUAUCCUGCCGCCCAUCAAGCCAUUUUGGGUUUGCUUGUGGUACACUGUCAGGCGAAUCAUAACUUUCGCACCAACUCUAGUUUGCUGCGUGACGAGGAGAUGGCGGCGGAAAAUACUUCGCCUACGGCAAACAGCUUCGCAAGCAUCCUUCGCUUCUUGGAUUCGGCUUUGGCACACGCUAGCCAGCUUGCGCCCCAAAAUCUAAGGAUACUGUUGCAGUGGACACAGAUGCUCUUGAGCGAAUGCCGCGAGAAGGCUAAUCUUCUCAUGGAGCAAGAGAACUUCCUGGGCAUUUGCCGGAACAUUGCGGCCACCGCCUCAAAAUGUACGCCGUUGGAAAGUGCUGCCUGCAUUCAAACCGUGUUGGACUAUGGCCCAGAAAGGCUUCGUUGUCUUCCAGAGCUUCUGAUCCUGUACCGUGAUACGGCACUUCAACAGCUGCAAGUGCUCUCCCCGAAUGGCCAUACACCAUAUGUCCAGAUCUACGCUCAGUUGCCACUGCACUUUACCCUCACCGAAGGUGAAUCAUCAAUAUCCGGGAUGGCGAGUAGACGUGUAUGCGUUUGGCAGCAGAGGAUGAGUCAGUGCAGUGCGGUACACGACACCGUCUUCCGUGACUUCUUUGAGAGGCUGCAGAAACCCGAGCAAGAAUUGCUAAUCAAUAGCCUGCGGGAGCUUUUUGUGCGUAGCUGUCAAGUAGCUCCACAGGAUGAGCGACAUGAGAAGCUGUCGCAGUGCACAAAGCGCUGCCAGAGAUUAGCCACCGCUUGGUUGCAGUUCGAAGCAGCAAGGUACUGUGUUGAUCAGCGACUCCGUACAACACUUGGAAAGCCCCAGGAAACCUUUCUCGGAUUCGAGGCCAUCAUCAUGAGGCACGCCAGAUUGUUGAGUGGAUGUGCCAAGGAAAUGGAGCGCUCCGCACUGGACACUCUGUCGUUAGAGGAACUCCUGAAUAUGCAGGGAAAUCUAAGUCUGCUCCUGGGCUUUCUCGAUGCACUGGAGAAGCUCAUCUACAAUGCCGCCGAAGGUAGCGCCUUUGCCUUGCGUCCGCCAGAAAAACCAGUGGCAGCCUUCUUCCGAUUAAACAACCCUACCUGCCAGUCCUGGUUUAAUCGCAUUCGGAUUGGUGUGGUCAUCAUCGCCAUGCAUGUGCAGCAGCCGGAACUAGUUAUCCGAUAUGCCCAGCAAAUUCUGCUCACCCAGAAAACGCAAGAUGCCACCUACAACCAAGCUAUCGUUUAUAUGGCCUGGGCUUGGGUUACUUGCCAGGAGGCGGACUCCUUGCGAGGCCUGUGCCUGUGGGCUCGAACCAAGAGCAGUAAGUCAUACCAGUGGCUGUUGUACGCGGCAGAUCAAGCGGCCGGAAAACGAGAAGCCGCACUUGCAGGCUACAGGAGUGUUCUAGCCGACGAAGAGCAUCAACCCGAACUGGAGCCGCACACUCGACAGUUUGUGGUGUCUCAAAUGAUGCAGUGCUUGCAGGACUUGGGUCAGUGGUCGCAGCUGGUAGAGUUGAAGCAGCAGCAACUGACGCGACCGGAGGACAGAGAACUAAAUCCCUUCCUGCAGCGUAGCAAUGUAGAGGUAAGUGCACUGGAACGCCUCCUAGCCAAAGGUGAAGAAUCAUACGCCUCCAUGGACGAGUUCGGAGGAGCCCUGCAGCAACUAAGUCUUUGGCCCAGCGACUGGGAAGAAUCUGGAUCAACUAGUGUCAUAGCUGGACGUGCCAGCUUCUCAUCCGUUCAUGUGCGCCAAAGAACAGAGGAUAUUGUACUGCAGAAGCUAUUGGAAGACCGUUGCCUGCCUGAUCAGGCGAGGAACUUACUAGAUAACCAAUGGCGAGACAGCCUGCUGAACCCCAGCUUUGAUCAGAGAUCUUGCAAAGAGCUGACUCUGCUGCGACAUAUAGUUCAAGGUGUUAGCGGCGGUCAGGAGUUGUCGCUGCUUCCCUUGUCCUCAAAUAAAUGUCAAAGCCGAUCAAAUCCCAUCUCCAGUGUCAUUUUGAUGCGUUGUUUAGCAUGGACACAGUUGCUUCGUCAGCAUUGCGUGCCGGGCAGUUGGGAAACGCUUUGCUUAGAAGCAGCUGCCGCUGCUCGCGAAGAAGGAAAUCUUCAGCUUUCGGAGACGAUGCUCGCACAGUUCUUUGGUCAACCACUGGAUGAUAUAGCCGGUCAGUUUUCAUUAGAACAAGGAGUACAGUUGGAUAAUCCGGAAUUGCUACGCGGUUAUAGUGAGCUGGUCAAGUGCCUACAUCUUCAGCAGCAGCAACAGCAGACGCAGUGCGGCGAUUUAAGUUCUUCGAUUGAUGUGUGCGCUUCCCUAUGCCUGAAUAUUCAGAAAAGCAGCCAACAGCCAGACGUGGGUGCGGACCUUUUGCUACACCUCUCCGAUUGGAUAGCCACCAGGACUUGCAAUGGUUUAAACACCAAUCAGUCGCCUGUUUUGAUUCAGUUGAUGGACCAGCUGCCCGAAUGUCCAUUGACCUGUGGCUCCACCCAACCGCUGGUCAUUCCCCAAGCGGAGCGCCUGGUUGCUCGCCUUGUUCACGCAAGCCUAAAGAAGCGCCCUAAUUGCGAGGAAGCACUGAUAGCCUACGGCAACUGGUGUUAUCGCUGGGGCAAGAAGAUCGUGGACAGUGCCUGUGUCCUAACCCAGGCGGAUGGGACGGCUCUCAGUCAAGCGCUAGAUAUUACUCAGCCUCUGGAUAACGAUCAGUUGAAUGAGCUCCUGCAGGCGCUUAGUAUGGAACAACCGCCGGCGAACUGUGUUGAGGUGUGUCCAGAGGUGGCGCGUGCCCGGGACGAUGAGGCGGCCAAGAACUGUCUGCGCCGACUGAGUUUGCUGGCGGAUAAGCCACCAGAAGUUCUGGAUACCAUCUUACAGAUUUGGCGACGGGCCAUAGCUAACACCUAUGAUUACUACAAGGAUGCAGCGCGUUCUUACUUCCAGUACCUCAGCUUAAAAGGUAGUUCCGGUUCGGAAAGUACAGGAGGAAAUGGAGUCGUACAGCAGCGAGAACGUUUCCAUGUAGACGACAGCAACCUAGUAACAACGACGCUGCGACUUCUUCGUCUCAUUGUGAAACAUGCCAGCGGUCUGCAGGAAGUUUUGGAACAAGGACUGCACACCACGCCCAUUGCCCCCUGGAAGGUGAUCAUUCCGCAGCUAUUCAGCCGGCUGAAUCACCAUGAACCGUAUGUGAGGAAGAGUGUUUGUGAUCUGCUCUGUCGCCUAGCGGAGAGUCGCCCCCAGCUGGUGAUCUUCCCAGCGGUUGUGGGUGCGAACAGGGAACAACAGGAUGCCGCAGCUCCGCCGGUGACAACCCCCCCAACUACGGAGGAUGCCUGCUGCUAUGGCUAUUUGUUAGGAGAACUCUCGAAACAGGCUCCAGAGGCAGUGCAGCAUGUCCAACUAAUGGUUAAGGAGCUGCGACGCGUGUGCUUGCUAUGGGACGAGUACUGGAUUCAUUCGCUAGCUCACAUUUACAACACGUAUGUGAGUCGGGUGAGUGCACUAGCCACCGAAUUCCGCCCGGACGAUCAUGAGGGCAAGAAUAACCGCUUCAAUGUCUGGCGACCGCAAUUGCUGGCGGAUCUCGAGGCCCUGGCCGCGCUCACAGCUCGUCCGGCGGAAACCACCUAUGAGAGGAGUUUCCGGAAGCGUUUUGAUGCACCUAUACGGGCCACUGUGGACGCAUUACGCACACGUCGUUAUCCGGAAGCGUGGGACAAACUGAAGCAGCUGUACCACAUCCUGCAGGCGAACAUGAUAAGGGGCACGGGCAGCACCCUCAAGAUGCAGACCCUGAGUCCGGUGCUGUGUGGCAUUGGAAGAAUGCGCAUCUCCAUGCCGGGUCUGGAUGCCCAUGGGUCGGAUCAGGAUCAGGUCUACAUCGAGAGCGUCGAGGGAUCAGUGUGCGUGUUGCCCACCAAGACGAAACCCAAAAAGGUUGCCUUCUAUGGCAGCAAUGGCCAGCGCUAUACGUUCCUGUUUAAGGGCAUGGAGGAUCUCCAUCUAGACGAGCGAAUCAUGCAGUUCCUGUCCAUCUCGAAUGCCAUCAUGGCCUGUAGAAGUGAUGCGCCUGGCAAUGGCUGCUAUCGUGCCCAUCACUAUUCGGUGAUUCCGUUGGGACCGCAAUCGGGACUGAUUAGCUGGGUCGACGGGGUCACACCUCUCUUUGCACUCUACAAGAAGUGGCAACAGAGGCAGCCACAGGUCACUGGAAAAACUGGAGCUGGUGCCAACGCCACGCGACGUUUUACGGAUUUAUUCUACAGCAAACUUUCGCCCCUACUAGCUAAGCACAAUCUACAGGUUAGCGAUCCACGACGACAGUGGCCAAUCUCCGCCCUUCGCCAGGUGCUCGCAGAGUUAUCUCAGGAAACCCCCGGAGAUCUGCUCGCCCGGGAACUGUGGUGCCAGGCGGGAAAUUCCGCGGAGUGGCGGCAAUCGGUACGUCGGUAUGCCCGCUGCAUGUCUGUUAUGUCGAUGAUUGGCUAUGUCAUUGGACUGGGCGAUCGUCAUUUGGACAAUGUUCUUAUCAACUUGGGAAGUGGCGAUAUCGUGCACAUCGACUACAACGUUUGCUUCGAAAAGGGACGUACCCUUCGUAUCCCCGAGAAGGUGCCCUUCCGUCUCACCCAGAACCUGGUGCAUGCAAUGGGAAUAACCGGAAUAGAGGGCUCCUUCCGAUUGGGCUGUGAAUACGUACUGAAAGUGAUGCGUAAGGAGCGUGAAACCUUGCUUACCCUGCUGGAGGCCUUUGUCUAUGAUCCUCUAGUGGACUGGACCAUAAACGAUGAUGCCCAGGCUCUGCGCCGAUCCCUGAAUGCCAAGCACCAGCAGACGGCAGGAAGAGUAGCAGGAGGUGGUGGGCCAGGUGCCGGAGAACUUAAAUGCCACAAGAAGGACAAGAACAAGGGAAAGCCACACGACUGGGAUGCCAAACGUCAGCACUUCUUGGGCAAACUUGGCUUGCUGCAGAAGUACUGGGAUACCAAUAAAAUGGACAUGAUACUCCAGCUAGAGGAGAUGCAGCAGGAGGUGGGCAAUCUGCAGGCAGCUCAGACCAAGCAACUGGUGGCCGAGCAGGAGCUCGUGGAAUUAAACCAGCGCAGUGCUCUUAUCGCAGAGAUCAAAUCCCUGGGUACGGCGAUGAAGAGUCACAGCUUUAACACGGCCUCACUGCGUCAUGCCGUACGCCGUGGUCACUCGGAGGCGUUGGCCAAGCUUAGUUCGGAGCGUUUGGCGGACUUUGCUCAGGUCCAGUGCCUUCUUGGUACUUAUGGUCAGUGCCUGCAGCCGUAUCAUCUGGCCGAACUGCAUUCCCAGCUCGUUCAACUGCAAAUGGAGUCGAAUACCGAAAAUGCCAGGGAAUCUGCUGCUCUUUCGGAGGCUCUACAGCUUACCGGAUUCGACACCAUGCGCUGCCAGUUGGAUGAGGUACUGAGCCGGCUGGAUGAAUUGGCCUUGCAGAGCUCGGAGCAUCUGCAACAGUAUGCUGCCGUUAUGAAUUUCUUCCCGGAACAGAGCCAUCGUCAGAAUCUGUUCGUACGUUUCCACGACAGCUUUGGAGCGUACAUUCAACACGGAGGCUCCGUAGACGCCACCAGAAAUCCAAAUUCGCCAUCCAGUUCGAUUAUCUGCACGGCGGAUGUCCUCGGCGUUGCUGAUGCCUUGGAGGGCGCCUGGGUGCGGCUUAGUUGCCAGUUGCAUGAUUCAUCACAGCGAUAUGCCGCCAAGCAGUCGCAGGCUCUGUCUCUCGGUGCACCCACUCCUGCUCUGCUGGGUAUGAUUGGCCAAAGUGGCUGCAGUCUGUUGCUGUUGAAGGCCAGUUUAGUUCGUACUUUGGAUCGUGCGGGCGGAGCAUUUGCUGCCUACGAACAGGUGGCGUUAGCUAGCCAGGACGAAGGAUUGCUGCAGCAUCAGCUGCACUUCAUCCACCUGGUGCGCUCUAUGUGCCAAGGUGUUUUGGCAAUAAACGAGCAGGAAGACGUCCAUCUAACUCAAAUUGAAAGCUUUCUAUCAGCACUAUCCCAUUUAAAGCAGAUCUUUGAGUACGACCUGCCAGCCAGCAUAUACAGAUUACUUUUGCUGCAACCGAAUCUUGGCCAGCUGAGUGCUUUGUGUCAUCUAAGUGCCUCCAGUCUAAGUCAGCUGUAUCUGGAGGCAACGUUGGAGAAAGAGCAGCAGCCGGAUGAGUUCCCAGCAGAGCGCAGAUUUCUUCUAACCCUGCAGCCCGCCUACGAGCAGUUCCAGAUAGCUUCCACCGCUUUGGAUACGCUAGUAAGAAGCGUCAAGAUGAUGCUCGAGGAUGUCCAUGAUGCCCAGGCUCAGCAGUUAAUGGAAUUGGGUCUACUAAAAUCAUGCCACUUGGAGCUGAACGACGAGUGCUUUUUCGGCCUGGUCAGUGAGGCAUUAGAAUCCAGCAGAACCUGUGAUGUACGCGAAAUGGUGCGACCUGUUGUGGAUCUAGUACAGCACCUUCAGGUGGAGAGUCUAGCGGGCCUGCUGCCGCUCCUGGCACGCAACUUCUACACGGCAGUUGGUCCACAAUGCCGACCCACUGCGAAUUGCGGAGUUCUUGGGGAUCCAGCUCAAGCAGAUCACCUGUGCGAGGCCCUGUUUGUUUCCCUGCAAUCGGACGGGGGACUGCAGCAACAACAAGCGGAAAUAUCUUUACUCAAUCAGCAAUUGGAGCUGCACACCCUGGCGGCAUCCGCCCAAUACUGGGCCUAUGCGGAAGCACUGGGAAAUCAGUUACGUUGUGGCCAUCACAUCGUCAGCCGUUUAAAGCUGGCCGAUAUCAUUGGCGAAAGUUGGCUAGAGUUGGACCGGAAUCUGGAUGCCCUGCAGCAGUUACAAAUUGGUCUGGAGACGCAGCUUAACCAGUUGCAGACUCAGAGGAGUAAUUGGAAUCGAAAUCAUAUAGACAACUUGUUGCGCACGGAGCAGUGUCACAGUCAGCGGAUAAUAAACCAUGUUUCGGUGGUGCGUCAGCUGGCUGAUGGAGCCGAGGCCGUGUCCCGCCUUGAGCAGCAUGCUGGAGCUUUAGGCGAGGAGGGGCUGGCACAGGUGAAUAAUUUGGAACAAUGGCUUGCUUCGCACGGACAAUGGCAGGCGAGCAGCUCGAGGAUAAGCGCCGUGGAGCAGUCUGUCGUCGAACUAUUGGAUCCAGAAGGUGCCAUCGAUCUUUACUGGCUUGAAAAUGUGCAAGGAUUGCUUGAGGAACAAACCUGCAAGGUGCAGCGCGAGAUUGCAGCACUGGAAGGGGAGCAGACGAGCAAGCAUCGUUUUAUUUGUACCUUGCUAAAGGAGACACAACGUCUGCAUGACAAUAUGCCACGUUUCCAUGUACGCAGCCUGUGCUCGGAGGCACAGGCACAAGGUCAGGGUAAAAUGGUACCCACGGAUGUUCAGCUGCUUUGUGGUCAUCUGCGCGACUGCCAGCGCUUGCUGCAAGCCGUCUUCCUGCGGUUGCAAGAUUUGCGCAAGGAUCUAUGCGCCGAGCGUCGAAUCCUGCAGCCUGCUAUGCUGCAGAACUGGCAGCAGCAGCUGCAGAUCAUCCUGACGAUGGCCAACCAGGAGGUGAACGAGUUCUUUAAGAGCAUGGACGAUUUCGUACAACACGCAGCCGAAACGGACACCUACGAAACUUUCACACACACCAAAGGUGCUAGUAACUUGCAUGAGCAGAAGCGCAAUGCCUACGGUGUGUCUGUGUGGAAGAAAAUACGGAUGAAGCUAGAAGGGCGCGACCCAGACGGCAACCAGCGCAGCACCGUCGCCGAGCAAGUGGACUAUGCCAUUCGCGAGGCCACCAAUCCGGACAACCUGGCCGUACUCUACGAGGGUUGGACGCCAUGGGUCUAAAUUUCCACACUGGUCGGCCACAAUUUUGGGCUUUUGACAUCACCAUGCAUCACAACUCGGAGCGGAGAGACUACAUUCAAUAUUGGGGCUACCUCUGGACCGGAUCUGAAAGACGAAUCGGAUCUCAGGACCUCCUCAGGACUAUAAGCAGUCGCAGCCUGACGGCGGACGACUCCCCAAAAGGCCGUUACGGUAUCAAUUUGACCGUCAACGGCACCCAACCAAGUGUAGUUGCUUAAACGAUAGGAAACGAAACGAAACGAGACAGACAGACGCGGAGUGCAGUGCUUUGGGAACCGGCAAACCGGCUGGUGCUAUCUCGGAUCGCUUCCCUUAUUCCGAGUGGACAUAACGCGAGUGGCUGAUUGGUUGCCGGUUCAGCAGCAGCAGCCACCACUCAUAAAGCUCAGGAUAUAUACAGGAUCUGAGCAUAUAGAUUUUAUCGGAUUCGAUAAUUUCCAGGUUUCAGGUUUCAGAUUUCCAAUUUAGGUUCUCCGGCCCCCGGUCUCCGCUUUUGAUAAUGAUGUGCUAAUAUUUAUAUUCAAUUCGAUUAUACUAUAUAUAUAUAUUCAUUUACGCCGUACCGGAUCCGUUUUAGUUUAUGUAUUAAGCCAAUCUUAGUUCUCCCCCGCAUAAUUGCUAAAUUGUUAAGUGUAAGCCGCGAUUAAAUUGUUUGACCAAAUUAUCCGUAGCCAUAUCAAAACUAUAUAUACAUACCCCAAAUAUAACCGCGAUGCCUGCUCAUAGCCGCCGAUAUGGCGGACUCGAUUUGGACACCAGUUAACCAAAUCCGCCGCCAUUUCGUUCUCGUUUUAGUUAUUUCAAUAAAAAACGCAAAUACUGAAUAUAAA